AUGCCGCUCGCCCCCUCGACGGGGUAUAGCUCUGAUUCAUGGGGAAAUGAGGAACAGAAACAAGACAUGGCAGAUGCAAACAGGCACCCUUUGUCAUUACCCAACUCCACUUGGUUCCCUUUGACAUUGUUGCUUCGGCCUUUUCAGGGUUGGGCGAGGUCCUCCAGUCUGCCCCAGCUUUUUACACAAUGUCUUGCCAAUCCUAGGCAUCGGCCAAGGGCUCCAUCGAAGUACAUAGAGGGCCCCGGCGCAAAUGCCGCCCGUUUUGCCAGGGCCGUUGUCCGGCAUAUCGGAUCGCGCCACCCUGCCAGGAAGUUCAACUGGGACCUGCGGAAGUGCCGAUCCCUCCCUGUCUGGACUUGUCCCCUGUCAUGCCAUCUCCGCACCCAACUCGUUACGCCGUUACCGCCUUUGAAGGGGGGCAAGUUAAUAUGUCUCAGGCACCAAUUUCCAGCUUCGAGACGGAACAAGAACAAGCUCCGACCCGUGAGCAGGGUUGCCGCACCGUAUUGUUCCCACACUGUGUCUCGAACCCCCUUUGGAAAAACACGAGAAAUCGGUCAACUGCCAGAAAAUCUUGCCUGA